AUGACGUUUCAAACCAACGUGGAUUGUAUCCAUGAGGUAUUGAAAUAUCUUCGACAUGAUACUGAAUCUUUACAUUCUUGUCUAUUAGUUAAUAGACUUUGGUGUGAACUAUCUGUCCCUAUUCUAUGGAAAGAUCCCUGGGCUAGAUUCUUUAAUAUGCCUUUUUCCAAACCAUCUUUUACGCAGCCAGCAACACUAAUCAAUACGUAUAUUGCCUCAUUACCGCGAGAAUCUAUAGUCAAACUUGAAAGAAAUGGAUUUAAUGUAUCAUCUAUUUCAUAUACGACAACAUUUAAUUAUCCCAUGUAUUUACGCUGUUUGGAUUUAGAAUUUUUGUAUUGGUUAGUCAUGAAAUGGAUUCAAAGCAAGAGUAAACCUAGUUUCCGUCCUCUUAAGAGAGUCGUUAAACGUUUUAAAAAAUUUAGAAAAAAGUUAUGUAACAGUUCCAAUAUCUUAGAUUCAUCAUCGAUGCCACCACAAGAUAAGAUUCGUUUGGUUUGCUCUGAACUUUUGUCCCUCUUUCUUAAAGAAUCACCAAAGAUUUAUAUACUUCGAAUUAAUGAUUAUUCAAAGGUGGACGUUUUUGGUCAGUUGGGUGAAGUUUUAGCAAGUUUAAAUCCAAAACAUAAUUGUUUAUCUUCAUUAAAAGGACUGGAGUGUAGGGAUAAACCUGUAAUGGACAAUAUUUUCGAUCAACUUUCAUUACUUACAACCGAUAUCACGCAAAUCUUAAUCAUGGGUAAUUACAACACGCAGACAUUAGCAAAUUUGUUAAGCACUCAAAAAAAAUUAGAAAAAGUUUGGUUCGAAAACUUUGAUCGUAUGUCACCACAAGAAUAUUGGGAAUUUCCUGGUGUUGGUUAUGAACUUUCGAAGAAGGCUCAUUUUAUAACUAGUUUACACUUGUUAAAUUCUUGUUCGUUGUUGGUAAAAUUAUCUGAUUUUGUCAAUUUGCAAGAAUUAACACUUCAAUGCAUCAAAGAACAAUCAUGUGAACAUAUAGAAUCAUUGACUUCUGCAAAUAUACCUAUACUUCGUGAUCUAGCAAAGCUUAAGUUUAGAUGCAAGCAUGAUUAUAGUUUAGAAUAUUUAUCAAAUUUGAUUGAUAAUUCUAUUGGAAAAUUACGAAAAAUUACAAUAGAAGGCUCUCGAAUCAAAGAUACAAGAAUAUGUAAUUUGCUGAUAUGCACGAUCGCUAAUAAAUGUCCAAACUUGAAAUCCUGCUCGAUACCAAUUUCACGCACAGAUCCUCAACUUGAUCGUUUACUGGAAUCUUGCGAGCAUUUAAAAGAUUUAAAGCUUUGUGCUGUUCCCGACACAUUGAAUGAUGAUAAUAGCGAUAUUAUAUUAUAUCAAUUACUUAGUCACACUCCUACUAGAUUACGAAGGUUGGACUUUGUUGAUUGGAAAUUUUCAAUAUAUUCUUGGGAUUUCUUUCUAAAAACACAACCAAAGACUUUACAACGCAUAUGCUAUUAUUGGAAUGAAAAUUCUAAGAUUGCAAACCCAUCUGAAGAAUUUCUUAAGGUUUGCCAACAAAAUAAGAAGGACGGAUUUUUGGCGACUUAUAAAGGCAUCGAUAC